AUGCGAUGACUCAUGUGCAGUAGAGUACAUGUACUCUAAGUACAAUAAACGCCGUCGCUCAUCGGCCCUGACAGCCAUUCUAUUCUACGACGCAGUUUAGAAAACGUGUGCUAAGAUGUCGAUCAACGAGCAAUCCUCAUCUACAUGUAGCAAUAGCUCAAAUUCGUCGGAUUCCGAGGAGUUAUGCGCGCUUUCUGGGCUGAAACUGGAUGGGGAAACUCCAGCAUGCAAGGCAGACCUGCCACCGGCAGCCGACGGGGCAGCCGGCGGCGUUUCGUCCGGAUCUCAGGCCGUCAACACCGCCACUGCUUCCCUCAGUCUGGCCGAAGGAUUGGACAAGCUCCUUCAGAAACAACGGAGUGAUUUGCUGUUUGAGCUGAGGAAAAUUCAGCAUGGCCACCGGCCAGUGACAAACACAGACCGGCGUGAAACACUGGAGGAGUUUUUCUCUGAUGCUCUCAACCAAUCAACUAGCGGGGGCCCCAGACAGCCCCAGGGCGGGGCAGAGGGCAGCGCUAGACGGCCGGCCAGCAGGCCCCAGAGCGUGCUAUCUGAGGUCCAGGGUCUGUCGGAGCGCCGCCCUGUGACAUCAGUCCUGGCCAGUGAGUCCUUCCGCCGCAACCUGGAGGAUGCCAUCCGGGGGUCGCUGGUGCGACAGGACCGCGAGUUGCAGCAGGCCAUCCGCCUGCGGGCGGCCGGAUUCGACGUGGGGAGCACGCGGGCGCCGACUGCGACAGUGGCAAACGCCGACCCAUUCCAGCAGCACAUGGAGAGUCUUAGCCAGCUGAGUCACUCCUCGUCAAGCUCUCAUCCAUCAGGCUUGGGCGAUUUGUCAGUCUUUUCGCCGCCGCCACCCCCAUCUCUUCCGCCUCUGGGCAGACCUGUGAUACCUCCACAGCCUCCCCAGAUGCAGCCCUUCCCUGCCCCCCAGUGGAGACCGCAACAGCCGCAGUGGCAGCCUCGGCCCUACCAACAACAGCCAUGGCAGCAGCAACAGCAGCAGCAGGCCUGGCAGCAACAGCAGCAGGCCUGGCAGCAGCAGCAACAGGUCUGGCAGCCAGUGGUGCAACCGCAACAACCCUGGCUCGUGCAAAACAGCACUGCACCAGAGCCGAGCAACAUGGUGGCUUACCUGCAGCACGUGCAGCGGGAAGACACCGUCUUUGAGAUCAGUGAGUUGGUUCAACGACAGGUGGUCUCGUCCAUGCUGAACAGCAACUUCAGGGGCACCCUGGAGAACACUAUGAUGGGUCGUCUGCAGCAGACGGAGGCCGACGGCCUGAGCGUGCAGAACUUCAUCCAGUCGCUGCAGCAGAGCCAGCCCCACAGGCGCAACGACUUCAGCCACCUGGGCAUUCAGGCUCCCACCAGACAGCAGUCGGCACCCGUUUCUGCCGCUGGCCCCACGACAUGGACUGGUUCUGAGAUGGACACCAUGCGUCGUCAGAUAGAAGAGAUGCAGACCAUGCUGCGACUGACCUUUGAACUCCAGCUGGACAUGCAGCGAUCCAUCAGACAGGAAGUGGCUGCUGCCCUCAGUGGCCAAACUCAGCCAGUUUCCAGCACCCAUGCCGUGGCUGCCCCAAUGCCACCCAGCCAGCCAGCUGGUGAGGGCCAGUGCAUCAUCUGCCUGGAGAAGUCGGUGGACGCCGUGCUGUACCAGUGCGGUCACAUGUGCUGCUGUUUGUCCUGUGGGCUGAGGCUGAGAGGCAUGGGGUCCCACUGCCCAAUGUGCCGGGCGCCGAUACGGGACGUGAUCCGAUGCUACAGGUGUCAGAGGGACUAAGAAAAGAGUGGGCAGCAGGAAUUUGUGCACUCUCACGACGAAUUGAUGUCUGGCAUCCUAUGUAUCUAUAUUUGCAAGAAAGUCUCCCCAAUAUGCAACGUUUUCUUUAAAUCAUUCAAUUUCCUCUUUGGUUUUUUACUGAUGCUGUUAUGCGUUUGAAAUACACUCUGCCCAGUGGUGUUGUAGAUCAAAAAUCAUGGCUGUGAUUUUGUGCCCAGUGUGCGCGAUGUACACUUGUUUGGUGUCUGUUAUUUAUCCCUGACAGAGUCAGUUUCAUCUUCACAAGUAAAGAGCCAAUAUCAGCUAGGGUUUGCGUCUUCUUCUGUAGUCCCGUACAACUUAAGUUCCCCAAACUUGAACUUGCUGUAGUGUGCUCAUUUACACAUCAGGGCAGUUCCAAGAUAUCUCUUGUAGAAUUCUGUGCUGUUUUGCGCUCCCUAGCCUGAAUGGCUGUUUACCGUUGAGUGUGUCUUUUUCGGUUAAAAUUUCUCUAGAUUGAUACAUUUUGAAGUUCAAUAUAGCCCCGAUGAUAUUUGCUUGACUGACAGUAUAGGUACUGAUGUUUUCAUGUACAUGUAUUUUAAGCAACAGCUUUAUAUUAAACACCAUAUAUUCAGAACUUAUACCUAGAUUUUACGAUUAAAUACUUCUAGAAUUCAAAGAGAGUGAUUGUUUCACAUCUUUGGGGGUCCAGAGGAUACUUUUAGGAUGGAAAG